AUUCCACUUCCGGUCACCGUAGUGUACGGACGUGGGCGGAAUGAGCUCCGACGAUAUCGGAGCGGCAUCAGCGGCUCAGCAGGGCCGUGGUACCAGGAACAUGGACGAAUCGUCACAGGAAUAUCAGAUUAUUUUGCCCCGACUGCCAUCAGGUGAUGCAACGCUGCAUACUGUUUUUUUGCACGCCGAUAUCAGGGCGCGGCCGUACCGCGUCGAGGAUUUCAGUGACGCACUUAUUCGUUUGGCUUUGCUCCCCGAGGUGGCUACCUUGGGGGCGUACCAAAUGAAUCAUGUUUGGGCCAUCACAUUCAAGAGCGCUGAGGGCAAGAAGAAAAUGCUUGCUGCUGGCGACAUAGCGGUGAAGAACCAGCGCUGUAUCGCUAUAGACCCAAGCCACCAGGAUACGAGACUGAAGAUUCAUUGGCUACUGUAUAACGUUCCUGAUGACGACGUGCGAGCAGUGUUGGCACCUUAUGGCAAGGUUCAUGAAAUAGUGCGAGAACGCUGGCGCGUGUAUGGCUGCACGGACAAAGGUUCAUCGACGCGUGCGGUGAGCCUCAAACUCAAACCGGGCCUCACGGUAGACGACCUCCCACAUCAGUUACGGAUUGCAGGAGACCUCACGCUCGUUGUCGUAGCGGGAAGAGCACCGCUAUGCCUGCGUUGCCAAGGCACAGGCCAUAUUAGGAGGGAGUGCCGGGCCCCGCGUUGCGCAGUGUGUCGGCGUUUUGGGCAUGACCAGAGCGGGUGUUCGAGGACAUACGCAAGUGUAGCCGGGCCCGUGGGGAGCGAAGAACUAUCUGAGCACCACAUGGACGAGGUCGAGGCAGAAGAGCUCACUGGAGGACGACGGGAGGAAUCAACACCCAGGUUAACGCCCCUUUUUUCACGCCCCCUGAGUGCUGCUUCAACUGGUGGCAAAGACAAAGGACCUGCGAAUGAAGGCCAACUUACGAAGAGUACUCAAGGUGCAACGACGCCUAAAACGAAGGAAGAAAUGCAAGAAAACAUGGACACGUCUAGCACUAACAAGAGGACAAGGGAGGAGGCGGAAGGGAAGAAGGUGAAUGUGAUGAAAGCUUCCGAGGAACCGCCGGCUAAGGCGAAUAUUGUGCGCCGAAAACCGGCACCUAACGUCCUAAGUGAACGUCGUAUAGCCGAGACCGAGCCGCCGACCCAACUCCAACAGCAGCAAGAACAGGCUCAGCAACAGCAGACAGUUGAUCAAGUGCAGACACAACAACAGCAACCACUGCCGAAGCAGCAGACUCUUCAGCAGCGACAGACAAGUCAUCAUCAGCAACAGUUGUUGCAACAACAGCAGAUGCCUUCAACGGGGUCGCCUUCAAAUCAACAGCCCCCGUAA